CGCCGAUCUCGCUUCAAGUGUCGAUUCCCGUAUUCGGGACCGAAGACCGAAGAAUAGCGUCAGUUUAGGUCCGGUCGUGGUUCCGCGCAGAACGUACGCUCCAAGUUUUGCGUUCACAGCUGUACUGCGGCGGUUCUAACUUACGUAUCGUACGUGUAUAAACAUUAUCCGAUUUUCCGAAAGUUUAUUACAAAUCGGCUUUUGAUUAGUUUCGAUUUACCCGUUUCCCUAUUUGUUUUCCGGAGUCUCUUGAUGUCUACCUGUGCUUCUGCUAAUUUUGUGUUAUUUUUGUGGUUUGUGUGAAUUUGUGUUUUGUUUGUGUUUGAUUUGCCGCGCACAAAUAAAGUUUUGUUCGGCAUGGCCGGAAUAGGAAACAUGAUGGCCAUGCUCCGUCGCUCUUUGGUCUGUUUAGCCAUGAUGAUGUCUUGCAUGACGAUCUUCAUAGGCGGUGAACAGGACGUGGGGAGCCCGCUGAGGGUCGCCCAGUGCAGGGCAACUUGCUUGGAAAGGUUCUCGAACGACGGCCCGAACGGCGAAUCCAUGUGCCUCCAGGGACCGGAUUGUUUCAUGUGUUGGGAGAACUGCGAACUUCUCCAGUCAAACUUCCAAGUUUGGGGCGCCAUGUGCGAGGAGAAGGAAAUAUGUUUUCCGGGUUGUCAAGAAGCCUGCAAGUUCCACGCUGAAGCAGCCACGCGGGGGCAACAAGUGCAACCUGUGAUUCAUACAAAAGGCGAAGGGGUGAUACGCGUAAUGGGCCCUUUAGCACGUUGGCCACGCCCUUCCUCUGCCAACCCCACCACGCCCUUAGUGUACGUGGUUAUGCGUAAAUCGCAAUCAGGGCCGUGGAGACAAAUAAUUCAAACCCUUGAUCUCACCACUCGCGUACCUCUCAAUUCUGAUCAGCCAGGAUCGAUGCUCAGAGUACUAGUAGUCGAUCCUCAAGGACUAGUAACGAUCUACAGUCCUGACGAAACUUCGAUUCAGAAGAAAAAAGGUAAAACUAUCAACACCGAAAUUAAAGCCACUACUAGCAAAAGUACCAACGCCGAUGAACCUUGGGUCCUUCGAGAGGUUUCUCUGAUACACCAGAAAGUACUGGUUAUCGGUGAGAUCGCUUGGGAACCUAAAGCCAUACGUGGUGUCUACUUAGUAACUUGGGAAGUGGACGGAGGUGGUCUCAAGGGAAAUCUCUUUACUGAUUCCACCACCGUAACGCUAUCUCUAUGGCCGGAUACCGUUUAUCACAUCCAGGUAGAGUUAGUAUCUAGAACUCCUGGUGUCGAUAAUUUGAAGUCCCAAAUGAUGGACUUAGAUACCGGCAGAGCCCAAAAGGUAUCUACUGAGAGUCAAGAAGACUUGAACAUGAUCACUGGUGAAGAAGAGGGUGUAGACUUUAAUUCUCCCUUACUGUCUGUACUCGUGGGAGCAGUGAGAGGGGAAAAGACCAAAAGGGCGUGGCAAAAUUUGGAAAUAAUCCUAGGAAGCAGCGUUGCAAUUAUUCUAUUUUCGUUGCUCAUGCUGGUGGCCUAUUGGAGGUGUAGGAGUCCUUCCGGUGUUGCCAUAAACAAUAUGAUCACCGGAUCGACAUCCUUCCGAAGUCACAAACUUGUAGAAGAUUACACAGGAUAUUCAGGGUUCCAGCCUGUUAUGAUGCCAGUGGACACAGUAUGUGCCAAGACUAACUAUCCAACAGCCCAAACGCCAACAUCGCCCGCACUAGGUCCGCCCGCGGUCGGAUUUUCCGGCAUCGCCAACUUUAACCAAAGAUGUUCGACGGAAGAACAACAAAAGGACGACGAAGAAAAGUUCGGUAAAAAUGUCCGGAGUGAAGUGCACGUGUGACUUAGCGUCUUUUUCGAUAGAUAUCUCGGCAAACAGAAUGAAUGAAUGAAUAAAUCAAUAAGUUCCUAAGUUUCGUCGGAAUAUGAUGAUGUAGUUGUUGACGUGAACACGAGUGAUGCUGCUGCUGCUGUGACGUACGUCUGGUGUAAAUGUGUAAAGUACUAGUCUUUAAAACAAAAGAAGAAAAAAAUACAAAUGAAGAGGAAGAUAAGCAAGGAAUAAUAAUAAUAAUAUUAAAAAAAAAACAAGUGACUUUCGUUUUCUAUACAUAAGUAACGCUGCCGCCUACUAAACGUUUUUUCUGACUGCUAGUUGCGUUUUCUCUCUUCUGUUUAUUUGUGAAAAUAAAAUAACGUAUUUUUUCCCUCUACGGGAGCUAAGUGUAUAUCGUUGUAAAGUACCAACUGUUCUUAAUCAACUUUAAUAUUCUUCUCGAUCUUUGGACGCUAGACAAAGAAACAAACAAAGUAGCACCCUUAAAAAUAUUAAGUACAUUAUAGUUCACCGAGGUAUGCAUUUUACGUUUUCAUUUCUGUAAAGCAUACGUAAAGGUUCUCCUGGAAGAUAUAAUGGGUACAAACUGUAUCACUCAAAAAAAAAAUGUGCUUUGUUGUAAGUAGGUACGUACCAAAACAUUUUUUGAAAUACGUAUUUGCAUUUCCCAAGAUUCAAUAAUAAAUCAAUAUUUUUUUGUUAGAUAUUUGUCUUUUUAAAACUGUCGUCGUUCUCUUAUUUUACAAUAUAUAAUGUUGAAAGUUACGUGGGACAUGCAGAACGUAUGUUUUCGUGGGUAGUUACAGAACAUAGCGUCAAGUUAAUAAGUUUCAAUUCAAAGUAUCUAUAAUAUUUGAUUGCAAUUAAUUCUUCUAUUCUGAUCUCACUCUAAAAUCUUCCAAAACAAUCUUUACGAUUGCUGAUUUAACACUUUUAGUUUCAAGAGACCGAUCAGUUCUGGUGGAGUGUUUACAUACAAUGAUAUAUUUUUUAUUCCGCAGUUGACACGCACUUAUGUAUGUAUUUAUUUUAGUUUUUAGAAUGUCAUUUAUAAUUUGUCUUAUGGCUCACUAGAUUUGACCGGUCUUUUUUUAUAGUUAAUAAUUAUGCGAAUGAAUUAUUUUUUUUGUACAUAUUUUUUUGUAUUAUAAAUUUACCCAUCAUGCGUCGUGUAAGUUAUUUUUUUAUUAAACGUUGUCGUUAGUCAAGUCAUGGCUAAAUGUAAAUAUAACUAUU